AUGGAAUCAAGAUUCCAAACCCAACCUUUGCGCUUCUUCUCCAUAACGACAAAACCCACGAAUCUCCAAUUCGAGCAGAACUUAGGUAGCAUGGGAGCCAGAUUGGCUGCGGAAUCCCCCAUCAUCUCUGACUUUGUCGACCUCCAUUCCAACGAAUCUUUCUCAAUCGAGGUCGAAACCAAGAAAAAGCCGCUUCCUAAACUGAAGUGGAUGAAAGAAGCAAUUCAAGGCGGGGAGAAGUAUGUUUAG